AAGCCCUAUACACCAAUUAGCAGAGGCGUGAGAGAGACAUACAGAGAGACCGGAAUAGACCUUCGAACCGUCAUCUUCUUCAAUGGCGAACCUCCCUUUCCUACGCCGGGCCGCUCUCAAAACCCUAGCUUUGCGACCCGGGAACCCGCCCGCCCUCCUCCGCCGGCGGUCUCUCUCUUCCGGAGGCGGCGCCGCCGCCGACGACCCACCGUUCUCCCCGAAACCCAUCGGCAGAACCCCAAAACCCCAGAAGAGCAGAACCCGGAAGGAGGAGCCCCCGGAAUCGAGCCCGGGCGACCCGGAACGCCCGGUCGAGUCGGACCUCCCCUUCGAUUUCAGAUACUCGUACUCGGAGACGAAUGCCGCCGUCGAGCCCAUCGGGUUCCGCGAGCCGCCGCGGUUCUCUCCGUUCGGGCCUGGUCGGAUCGAUAGGGCUUGGACUGGGACUUCCGCGCCGGCCCGAGAAGCGCUGGACCCGGAGGAGGCGGCGGCGGAGAGGGGUCGGGUUCAAGGAGCUCCGCUUUCGGAGGAGGAAAUCGCGGAGCUCGUGGAGCGAUAUCGGCAUAGCGAUUGCAAUCGCCAGAUUAAUCUGGGCAAAGGAGGAGUUACUCACAAUAUGUUGGAUGAUAUCCACAAUCACUGGAAGAGAGCUGAAGCAGUUAGGAUUAAGUGCCUGGGAGUUCCGACACUUGACAUGGACAAUGUUUGCUUUCACCUCGAGGACAAAUCUGGCGGGAAGAUAAUUUACCGCAAUAUCAACAUCCUCCUCUUGUAUCGUGGUCGAUAUUAUGAUCCGAAGCAAAGACCAGUUAUACCUCUCAUGCUGUGGAAGCCCUAUGCACCAAUAUACCCGAAGCUUGUGAAGAAUGUUGCGGAAGGGUUGACAUUUGAGGAAACAAAAGAAAUGAGAAACAGAGGACUGAACUCUCCCCCUUUAACGAAACUUACGAGGAAUGGCGUGUAUGUCAAUGUAGUGGAGAAAGUGAGGGAAGCAUUCAAGUCUGAAGACGUUGUGAGGUUAGACUGCAAACAUGUGGGUACAAGUGACUGCAAACUGAUUGGCGUGAAACUUAGAGAUUUGGUACCUUGCGUUCCUAUAUUAUUUAAGGACGAGCAGAUCAUCCUCUGGAGGGGGAAGAGAGAUACCGAAUCAACCUCCACAUCACAUGCAUGACCAUAAAUUAGACAUACUGCGAGAACUACCAGGACAAUUGGUUGGGAUGUUGUACACAUCACACUAGAGUAAUUUUACUGGCGGAGACUCUAGAUAUUGUGGGGUACGAUAAAUCGAGAUGCCGUUGCUUGGAUGAAGACAUUGGGCAAGAUGGCCCUAGGCCUUAAAGAAACGUGACUGCAUUUCUUUUGGUACACACUCGCUCUCAAUUUGAGGUUAGAGGAUGGGAAUGCUAGAGUUUGAGCUGGCAACUCCUCCAUGACAAUGUACUGUGGUCCAUGACCUUUUGUUUCUUGAAGUAGUUGGGACUUACAUCCCGGGUUUUGCGUUCCCUUUCAUCUCAUUAGGCUGUGAUAUGUAAAUUGAUUAUACGAAUUGCUAUAUUGAUUCUGAUGAAAAGGGAUCUUGCUUGGUAAGUGAUAAAA